GCAGGCGCAGUGGUCCCCACGGGCUUGCGCGCGCACUCGCUGCGGGACAAGCUUCUGGAAGCUCAUUGCGGUGGCGUUGGUGCUGUUUGCGGAUGCUGGUGCAGUUUCUGCAGGACUGUAAACUGGAUUCCUGGAACCUUUGAUAUUCCUGGCUGUAUAUAGUACCUGUUGGUGGACUGCACUGAUACUCAACUAGAGUGUGAAGGGACUGGAUUCCUGCCCCUGAGACACAAUGCAAGCUGUAGUGCCCUUGAACAAGAUGACAGCCAUCUCACCAGACCCUCAAACUCUGGCCUCGACUGAACAAAAUGAGGUCCCAAGAGUGGUUACUUCUGGGGAGCAAGAAGCUAUUUUAAGAGGAAAUGCAGCUGACGCAGAGUCUUUCAGACAGAGGUUUAGGUGGUUUUGUUACUCAGAAGUAGCUGGACCCAGGAAAGCUCUGAGUCAACUCUGGGAGCUCUGCAUUCAGUGGCUGAGACCAGACAUUCACACGAAAGAACAGAUUUUAGAGCUUUUGGUAUUUGAGCAGUUCCUGACCAUUUUGCCUGGGGAGAUCAGGAUUUGGGUAAAGUCACAACAUCCUGAGAAUAGUGAGGAGGUGGUGACCCUAAUAGAAGAUUUGACCCAGAUGCUUGAAGAAAAAGGAGAUCCAGUCUCUCAAGAUUCUACUGUUUCCCAAGAGGAGAACUCAAAAGAGGAUAAAAUGGUCGCUGUUUGUCCCAAUACUGAGUCCCGUGAAUCUAUAACAUUGAAGGAUGUAGCUGUCAACUUUUCAAGAGGAGAGUGGAAGAAGCUGGAGCCUUUUCAAAAGGAGCUAUAUAAGGAAGUGCUACUGGAAAACUUCAGGAACCUAGAAUUUCUGGACUUUCCAGUUUCAAAAUUAGAGUUGAUUUCCCAGCUGAAGUGGGUUGAAUUGCCAUGGCUGCUGGAAGAAGUCUCAAAAGGCUCCCGACCAGAUGAAUCGGCUUUAGAUAAAAUAAUAGAAAGAUGCCUCAGGGAUGAUGAUUAUGGCUUGAUGGAAGAAUUCCAGCAAUAUUGUGGCAGCUCAGAGGAGGAUCACGGUAAUCAGGGAAAUUCAAAAGGAACAGUCACACAAAACAAAACUCUUGGGAGUGGCAAUAGGGGUGAGGAAUUUGACCCAGGUAAAAGCCCCUUUGGACAUAAUUUCAAAGAAACUUCAGACUUAAUUAAACAUCUGAAAGUCUACUUGAGGAAGAAAUCUCGGAGGUAUAAUGAAAGCAAGAAACCCUUCAGUUUUCAUUCAGACCUCGUUCUGAACCGCAAGGAGAAAACCACUGGAGAAAAGUCACGGAAAUCUAAUGACGGUGGGAAAGUCUUAAGUCAUUCUUCAGCUCUUACUGAACAUCAGAAACGUCAGAAGAUUCAUUUGGGGGAUAGGUCCCAAAAAUGCAGUAAGUGUGGGAUAAUCUUUAUUAGAAGAUCAACUCUUUCUAGGAGAAAAAUCCCUAUGUGUGAGAAAUGUCGGAAAGAUUCAUGUCAAGAAGCAGCCUUAAAUAAAGAUGAGGGAAAUGAGACUGGAGAAAAAACUCAUAAAUGUAGUAAGUGUGGAAAAGCCUUUGGCUAUAGCGCCUCACUCACCAAACAUCGGAGAAUUCACACUGGAGAAAAACCCUAUAUGUGUAAUGAAUGUGGAAAAGCUUUUAGUGAUAGUUCGUCACUCACGCCACAUCAUAGAACUCACAGUGGAGAGAAACCCUUCAAAUGUGAUGAUUGUGGGAAAGGUUUCACCCUAAGUGCUCACCUCAUUAAACAUCAGAGAAUUCAUACUGGAGAAAAACCUUAUAAAUGUAAAGACUGUGGGAGACCCUUCAGUGACAGUUCAUCUCUUAUUCAACAUCAGCGAAUUCAUACCGGAGAAAAACCCUAUACAUGUAACAAUUGUGGAAAAUCCUUCAGUCAUAGCUCAUCCCUUUCCAAACAUCAGAGAAUUCAUACUGGAGAGAAACCCUAUAAAUGUGGCGAAUGUGGAAAAGCCUUUAGACAGAAUUCAUGCCUUACCCGGCAUCAGAGAAUUCACACUGGAGAAAAACCGUAUUUGUGUAAUGAUUGCGGAAUGACUUUUAGCCAUUUUACAUCUGUGAUUUAUCAUCAAAGACUUCAUUCAGGAGAAAAACCCUACAAAUGUAACCAAUGUGAGAAAGCCUUCCCAACUCAUUCACUGCUUAGUCGUCAUCAGAGAAUUCAUACUGGUGUAAAACCUUAUAAAUGUAAAGAAUGUGGGAAGUCCUUUAGUCAGAGUUCAUCUCUUAAUGAGCACCACCGAAUUCAUACAGGAGAGAAACCCUAUGAAUGUAACUAUUGUGGUGCAACCUUUAGUCGAAGCUCAAUCCUUGUAGAACACCUAAAAAUUCACACCGGAAGGAGAGAAUAUGAAUGUAACGAAUGUGAGAAGACUUUUAAAAGUAAUUCAGGCCUCAUUAGACAUCGGGGAUUUCAUGCUGCAGACUAAUCCUGGAACUACAUUAAGAUGGGGGGAAUUUAAUUCAAAUUGUCAGUUACUGAAACCCUGGGAUAUAAACUUACAAUAUUGAUCAGUAGCUGCAACUUUCAUAAAUUGGCAGUUAGGAAAAAUAUUCUUUUGCCCAUCCCUCUUCUUUUCAAGGAUGGCAACAGCUGGUAAACAGUAAUUAGUUGGUAAAGUCACUGGAAAGGGAAGAAUGCAAAAUGAUUCUGAGGCCAAACGAAUUGGAAAAACUCUUUUCUUCAGGGGAUUUCCCUCUAAUUUCUUCCACUACCAUGUAGUGUGAUGGAAAGAGAACUUGACUGCAGUCAGAUAACUUGGAUUCUGUCCCAAUUUGCCAACCAACUUGCUGUAUACACCUUGGACAAGUCAUUUGACCUUUCAGAAUUUUAUUUUCUUCACCAGCAGAAUGAAGGGAUGGGACUAAUGAUUUUUGUCUUUUUUGGUUUUUUAGUUUUUGGUUUUUUGAUAUUCCUGAUAAUCUCUGAAGCUGUGGACAUAAGUUUUUUUUUUUUUUUUUAUCAUUUCUUUCAAGUUUCUCUAGUGAAAAAUCCCACUAUUCAGGAUACUGGACUUCUUUUUUUUUUUUUUUCUGCUUUUCUUUUUUGGGAUGGUGUCUCACUAUGUUGCCCAUGCUGGUCUUGAACUCCUGGGCUCAAGUGAUCCUUCCAUCUCAGUUUCCUGAGUAGCUGACAUUACGGGUACACUCCACCAAGCCUGGUUCCCAGGAUGCUGGACUUCUAGCUUAGUGAGAAUGCAGUAUAGUUGUUGAAAACUUUGUGCAGGAAUCCCUGAAAUGUUGUAACUAGGAAUGGGCCAGUGAAACUCAAACAACUUUUCCUUGAGGGAGUAUUUUAAUUGGCCAAGGGAGCUCUUUUUCUUUUGGCGUUGGCCAAGGGUACUGAGAAGCCAGAGAGCUUGCACGGGAGCCAUCUCAGCCGUGAGAAUAACAGUCCUAGGAAAAUAGAUGGGGGCUGAGGCGAAGGAAGUGUGCUGAAAACAGAGCUGUUCUGGAUGGAUUUUGGUUUGCAAAAAUUCUACUUUAAAACAAUGUUGCCUGUAGCAAGUACAUUUUUUUGCAACUGGAGUGUAAGCAUUCUAUAUGGCAACAGUUAAAAGCUGUUCUAACAAUUUGUCUACUUGGGGUGUGCCUGCGUGUGUGUGUGUGUGUGUGUGUGUGUGUGUGUGUGUGUGUGUGUGUGUGUGUGUGUGUGUGUGUGUGUGUGUGUGUACAUUGUUGCCGCUGUUAAAAUUAGGGCAUUUCAUACUAAAAACAAUGCUUGUCUUAAAAAAUUAUAAGGGCUAACAACACUGGGCUUAUAUUUCUGUAAAGCACUCAGCUGGUCCUGGGUAGCAGCUGCCACCUUUUGAUGGGGAAUCUACUUUCUGACUUAGCUAGUUCUCUCAUGUAUGUAACCUGACUUUCCCACUGUAGGAAUGUUCUGUUAUAACCCCUACCAUUUUGAGAAUAGAUACCCUAAAAUCUAAAGAGACCCCAUUGAUAGCAAGUAAAGUUCAGGGAAUGAAUGUAGAAUUGAUACAGAAAAAAUUUUCAGUUAAGUUUUCUUUCGUGACAUUAGACCUCAGAGGAAUGGAAUAUACGGGUAUUGGUGGAUUAUUCCUUAUAAAUUUCAUUGGUGGAGUCUGAAUAAUAAUUUCCAACUGAAAAAGGAACUUAAGGCCCUGAAUGAGUGAGGUUUUAGCUUCAGGUCAUAGGGUUCUGGAGAAACCCCAUGGACAAUGGUCUAGAAAUAAGUUCCUAAAGUUGAAAUUGUAGGCAGCUCCUAUAGAAAGAGAGCUAAACAAGAAAAUUCUUGGUUUAUGGAAGUAAAGCGAUCCUUAAUGCUGAUCUUAGACUCAGGAACAUUUACUGUGACUAAUGUAUGUAGGUGUGAAAUGCUACCUCUGGGAGAAGGUUUUUGGUGCCUCCCCAACCCCAAGCCGGCAGUUUAAAUAUUGCCGUGUGAUAAAUUGGUCUGCAUAGUUAUUGCUCAGCGGACCAGCCAAUCACAUGCUAGCCACGAAAGGAAUGUUUAUAAUGAGAAUCAUUCAUGAUGGUUUUAAGUUUUUUUCUGAAAAGACAAAAAACUUGGUUUAAGUUUUGUUUUCUGAAAAAUAUAAUUUAUAGAAAGAGUUGAAGAAACAUGCAAAAGACUUCAGAAAAGACUUGUUCCAGGAUGAUUACUCUUAGACUCCCUAACAUUCAUAACAAUGUUUUAUCCCAGUAUCCAUUGGGAAUCUAGAGUAUAAACAUUUUUUUAAACGAAUUUACUGAGGUACAAAUUACAUAUCAUUAAAACCAUAUCAAGUGUACAAUUCAGUGAAUUUUAGUAGAUUUGCUGAGUUGUGUAACCAUUACCAUAAUCCAUUUUUUAGAACAUCAUCCCAGUAAGAUCCCUUAUUCCAGUUUACAGUUAAUCUCCCUUCCAACUUCUAAUCCCAGGCACCCACUACUCAGUCUACUUUGUGUCUCUAGAGUUGUCUUUUUCUGUACAUUUUAUGUUAUAUGUGAUCUUUCCAUAUUUUUUCAUUAAUGUGUUUUAAGUUCAUCCAUAUUGUAAGAUACUAGUACUUUAUUCCUUUUUAUCAUAAAUAAUACUAGAUUAUGUGGAUCCUUUGUACAUUCACUAGUUGAAGAACAUUUGAGGUUUUUCCAGUUUUUGCCUGUUAGGAAUAAUGCUGCUUUGAACAUUGGUAUGCAAGUGUUUUGAACAUUAGCGUGCAAGCCUUUGUGUGGACAUGUUUUCAUUUUUCUUAGGCAGAUGCCUGAGGGGAGUUGCUAUGUCAUAUGGUAAAUUUUUGUUUAACUUUGUUAGGAAACUGCCAAAUUGUUUUCCCAAGUGACCGCAUUACUUUACAUUCUGACUAGUAACGUGUGAGGGUUCCCAUUUCUCUACAGUCUUGCCAGUCAUUGUCUGUUUUUUAAAAAUUAUACCCAUUCUAGUGUUUGAAAUAUUCCUUUGUGGUUUUAACUCUGAUUUUCCAGAUGACGAAUAAUGUCAAAGCAUCUUUUAUGUGCUCUUCAGCCAUUCAUGUAUCUUAGUGAAGUGUUUUAUUGCCAGAUUUUUUGUCCAUUUAAAAAUGGAGUUGCUGAUAUUGUGUUGUAAUCCUUUUUAUUCUGGAUAUAAGUCCUUUAUCCAAUAUGAACUUUCUAAAUACCAUGUACUAGCUACAGAGGGCUGCCUCAAACUCUGUUGGAUAAUAAUUUAUCAAAGUCUUGAUUUCAGUAGCUAAGUCUGUAUAAUUGCCUGCGGGACAUUCACUCUGGCCCAUCACCCAAAUAUUUAAAUUCACUUUUGGAUUAAGUCACAUUAUCAAAAGGCUUUAAAUAUCUUUUGAUUCCUUAUAGGAUUGCUUUUAUUAAGAGCACUGUGACACAUUUUACUUUAAAAUGAAGUCCUUGCUUUAAAUAAUGUUUCCUCUUAAUGAGCUUGUAUAAAUUUUUUUUCAUAUCACAAGACAAGGCAAGGUUUUUGUCGAUAAAUUAACUUUAUUUAUUUUAGAAUUACUUUUUAAUGUAGUAAAAUAUAUAUAGCAUAAAAUUAUCCAUUUAAACACUUUUUGGUUAUACAACUCAGUAGCAUUUAGAUAGGUGCACGUUUUUUGCAGUCAUCACCACUGUCCAUCUCCAGAACUUUUUCAUCAUCCCAAACUGAAACUCUGUACUCCUUAAACAAUAAUGCCUCAUUUUCUCCUCCUCAGGCUCCUGGUAACCGCUGUUCUACUUCCUAUCUAUACAAAUUUGUUCUGAUUACUUGGCAUGAAUGGAAUCAUACAAUAUUUGCCCUUUUGUGUGUGGCUUAUUCCACUUAGCAUUAUGUUUUCAAGGUUCUGCUGUGUCGUAACAGGUAUCAGAAUUUAAUUCCUUUUUAAGGCUGAAUAAUAUUCCAUUUAAUUCCUUUUUAAGGGUGAAUAAUAUUCCAUUGUACUUGUAUACCACAUUUUGUUUAUCCUUUUAUCUGCCAGUGGACAUUUAAGUUGUUUCCACCGUUUUGGCUAUCAAGAAUAACAUUGCUAUAAUCAGUGGUGCUUUCUGUUCUUUUAAGUAUACACCUAGAAAUGGAGUUGCUUUAUCUUAUGAUGAUUCUAUGUUUAACUUCCUGAGGAAAUGAAACUACACUAUUCUAAAUUCCCACCAGCUAUGUGCAAGGGUUUUUUCAAUAUUCCCGCCCUUGCUAACACUUAUUUUCUAUUUCUUUUUUAUAACAAACAUCCUAAUGGGUUUGAAGUGGUAUCUUAUUCUGGUUUUGUUUUGCAUUUCCGUAGUGAUUAGUGAUGUUGACUGUCUUUUUAUGUGCUUAUUGACCAUUUGUAUCUCUUUGGAGAAAUGUUGAUUGAAGUCCUUUGCCCAUUUUUUAAUUGGUUUUGUUGCCAUUGUUGUUUAGGUGUAGAAGUUCUUUGUAUAUCCAGAACAUAUAAAGAACUUUUCAGGUAAAUGAUUUGCAAAUACUUUCUUCCAUUCUGUGUGAGUUGCCUUUUCAUUCUAUUCUUAAUGCCCUUUGAAAAAAGGUUUUAAUUUUGGUGAAGUUCGAUUUUUCUGUUUUUUCUUUCGUUCCCUGUGCUUUCGUUGUCAUGCCUGAGAAACCAUUGCCAAAUCCAAUGUCAUGAAGCUUUUCUCCUGUUCUAGGAGUUUUGUAGUUUCAGGUCUUAUGUUUAAGUCUUUUAACCAUUUUGAUUUUUAUGUAUGGUGAAGGUCCCAUCUUCAUUCUUUUGCAUGCGAAUAUCCAGUUUUCCCAGCCCCAUCUGUUGAAGAGACUAUCCUUUCCGUAUCAUGCAUUCUUUGCACUCUCGUCAAAGAUCAUUUGACCAUAUACAUGCAUGUUUAUUUCUGACUGUCUACUCUGUUCCUUUGGUCUGUAUGUUUGUCUUUAUGCUAGUACCACGCUAUUUUGAUUACUCCAGAAAUGUUUUGUAAUCAGGAUUACACUGUUUUCCUGUAGUAUGUUUUUGAAAUGAGGAAGUGUGAGGCCUCCAGCUUUGUUCUUUCCCAGAUUGUUUUGGCUAUUCAGGGGUCCUUAAGAUUUCAAAUGAAUUUUAGGAUGGUUGGUUGGUUUUUGUGGAAAAUGGCAUGGAGAUUGGGCUUGCAUUGAAUUUGUAGAUCUGUUGGGUAAUGUGGACAUAUUAAUAUGAAACAUUACAGUCUGUAAACCCAAGGUGUCUUUCCAUGUAUUUGUGCCAUCUUUAAUUUUUUCAGCAAUGUGUUAUAGUUGUCAUUGUACAAGACUUUUGCCUCCUUGGUCAAGUUUAUUCUUGAGUAUUUUAUUGUUUUUGAUGCUGUUGUAAAUGGGUCUUUGUUAGUAAAGCAUAACUGAGUUUUGAGUGUUGAUUUUGUAUCUUGCAACUUUGCUGAAUUUGUUUAUCAGUCAUAACAGUUUCUUGUGAAAUUUUUGGGAUUUUUAAAUAUAAGAUUAUGGCAUCUGCAAAUAGAUAAUUUUUCCUUCUUCCCAAUUUGAGUGGCUUUAACUUGCCAAUUGCUCUGGCUAGGACUUCCAUUACUGUGUUGAAUAGAAGCAGCACUAGCAGGCAUCUGUGCCUUUUCCUGAGAUGCUUUCAAUUUUGUAUCAUUCCAUAUGACGUUAGCUGUGGUUUUUUCAUAUUUGACCUUUAUUAUGUUAAGGUAAUUUCUUUUUAUUGAUAAAUUCUUGUUUGAAGGACAGUUUUGCUGGAUAUAGAAUUCUCAGUUGACAGUUUUGUUUUGUUUUUUCUUUCUGCGCUGAGUAUAACAACACCACAGCCUUCUAGCUUCAAAGGUUUCUGAUGAGCAAUCAGCAGUCUCACUGAGGAUCCCUUUUAUGUGAUGAUUUGCUUAUCUCUUGCCACUUUUGAGAUUCUCCUUUUCUCUUUGGAUUUCAACAACUUGAUUAUAACUUGUCUUGGUGUCUCUGGGGGGUGAGGGUAGGAGUCAGUUGCAGUGCUUGUUGCCAUAGUUCAGAACCUGCACCACAAAGACCUUUCCAGUUCUGUAGAGUGGUUUAUUGCUUUAUUAGUGCAAUAGAGAGUCACUGGAGGUUCUCUGUGUGUGUGAGUAUAUGAAUAAAUAUUUAAUUUUGUUUUGCUCUUGUUUUCACCUCAGAAUAGUUUUAUCAGAUGUGGAAUUUCUUGAUCAUUGGGGAGAAAUACCUUGCGAUUCUGAAAAGCACACCGUCAAAAUGCUUUUCAUAAAAUGUAGCACAUAUUAGGGUUUCUCCCUUGUGUGGAAAUGUUAGUGCCUAUAGAGGUCUGAACUGAGAAAACUUCUCUCAAGCCAGAACACAUGUGAGGUUCCUCUGCUGAAUGAAUCCUUUGGUGCUCAGUAAGUUGCGACUUCCAAGCGAAGUGUUUUUCACCCUGAGAAAUUGGUGAGAUACCUCUCUUGGAGUCUUUUUUAUGAAGUCUGAUGUAGAGAGGUUCUUCCAGGUUGGAGUUCUUAGGUCUCUCUCCCUUUUAGAUUAUCAGAGCAGGUCUGAUCAUCUACAAGCUUUGCUAAACCUACCUGUAGCUCUUCUGGGGUGGUGGUGGUGGUGGUGGCCGUGGCCGCAGUGUUCUGCAUUGAUUUUCUAAAUGUUUGUGGUUCUUUUGUAAAGUGGACCCUUGCCUUCUAAGUUAAUGGUGAAUGAUACAUAUUUCCUUCAUUUUUCUGCUUUGAAGCUUCAGUCUUCUUCAUUUUCUCUUCUGAUCUGUCAACACAGUCAGAACUUUCACUUAGCUCUUUGAGCAUCUUUAAGGCAGUUGGUUUAAAGUCUGUCUAGCAAGUCAAUGUUUGGUCUUCCUCGUGUCCAUUUUUUGUUGGUUUAUUUUGUGCCUUCGAAUGGUCCAUACUUCCUUGUUUCUUUGUAUGCAUUGUGAUUGUUUUUGUUGACAAAUAUCUAUUUGAAUCUUAUAAUGUGGCAGCUCUGGAAAUCAGAUUAUUCCUUUUCCCCCAGGGUUUAUUUUUUUUUAUUUGUGUGUGUGUGUGUGUGUGUGUGUGUGUGUGUGUGUGUGUAUUGUGUGUUUUUUGUUUUCAUUUUUGUUUUAUUAUCAUAGACUGUCUCUGCUAGGGAUCAGCCUGUGUUGAAUGCCUAAAGUUUUCUCAGUUCUUUUCAGAGCCUGUGUUUUCCCCUGGGCAGGGGCAAUGGCUUUCUAAAUUCUCCUAGAUACACAGUUUUUUGAAUGUCCAGAAAAACAGGUGUCAUCCCUUUUUUCUCCUGGAAGCCACUUUAGCCAGUUGGGGGUUGGGAGAAUGGUAGCUUGCUUCUGUGUCUGCUCUUCCUCUGUGAUCAGAAGUAGAUAUCUGCAAUCAGAACCCUGAUAUUUGGAGGAAGUGGCUUUUAUUGUCCACCCUGGCGGCAGCAAGCUGAACCAGAAAUGUGGGAUUGUGUCUCCACAGCUGCCUUCCAUGGAGUGGGUGGGGGAUGGGUAGCUGCUGCUUCACUGAAGGGUGAAAUCCACCAAUGUUAACUGCAAUUUACCAGUCAGGAUUUCCCCUAGAAGCUACAAAUGUUCAGAUGGACUCAAUGUGCUCCCAAAAUAAUCACUUUAGGAACUUUCUGCGGAUGUAAUUGUUAUCUAGGUGGAGAGGUGGAUUCCUGGGCCACUCUCUCCAUGUCUUUGAUUUUUCCUACUUUCUUGAAGAUUUCUUCAACUUUAUCUUCCAGCUCUACUAUUAAAUGUUGUGAAUGUUUUAUCUCUGCUGUCAUAUUUUUAUUUCCAAGUGCAUUAUGUGAUUCUCUGUUCCUUUUUUCUAAUUGGUUUUGUUUCAUAGGUGAAGUAUUUUUUCUCUGAGCAUGUUAAUUAUAGUGUGUUUCUGUGUUAUUCUUCUCCCUGCAUUAUCGCUGUUUCCUUUGAGUUGUUUUUACCUGUUUUCUGUCUCUCACAUUGGAGGCUUUCCUGAAGCCUCUGGUGAUCUUUGACUAUUUAUAUAUAAGAGCAGGGCUCUACAAGCUGAUUGGAAGGUGUUUUAGGUACUUCAGCACCAUCCAGCAGUAAUAUAAUGGGAGCCACAUACGUAAUUUCAAAUUUUGUAGUAGCCACUUUUAGAAAAUAAAACAGGUAAAAUUAAAAAUGUAUUUUACCUCACCCAGUAUAUCCAUAAUAUUAUUUCAUCAUGUAAUCAAUGUAAAAAAUUAUUGAGACAUAUUAUUUUUUGCACUAUUUUUGAAAUCUGGUAUGUAAUGUGUCACAGCACGUCUUAAUCUACACACAAAAUUUUCAUUUGUAAUACUUAACUCACAUUUAGAUUUAUAAAACAGAGUUGAUAAGUAGAUUCACAUAGUUCUUCUAAACAUAUUUUGUUGUUCUAAAUAUGCUUAAUUCCAAUAACUGAAUCAAGUAUCCAAUUUUUUUUUUUUUUCCGAGAUGGAGUCUCACUUUGUCGCCCAGGCUGGGGUGCAGUGGCGCAAUC